AAACAGCAGUUCACAAAUUGAGUUCCAACAAGCAGCACGUAAGAAAACACAAAAAGCAAAGCAGAAUAACUUUAAAUUAAAUUCAACGCGUACAUUUAAAAAAGUGAAAACAAACAAAAUGAAAUAUUUCAUUGCAUUCGUUUUGGUUGCGGGCCUCUGUGCUCUUGCGCACGCUCAAGAGCAGAGCUGCCAAGUGGACGUGCAGUCUGCUUGCGGACAAAGUGCUAACGGUGGUGUGACAAAUUGUAAUGCACGCUAUGGCGCCAUUGGCCAUCUGGAGCACAAGAUGCAGGACUACAUUCAGUUGCAGCUGAAGAAAUCGUAUGAAUAUAUGCUGCUGGCCACCCACUUCAACUCGUACCAGAUGAACCGUCCCGGCUUCCAGAAGCUCUAUCAGGGUCUUUCCGAUCGGGCUUUCGAUGAUACUAUUGCACUGAUCAAGCAGGUGACUCGUCGUGGUGGCUCUGUCGACUUUAGCAAGCCCCAUGAGCAGGGUGUUGCCCAACCCCCCGAGGUGCAUUUGAAUGAACUGGAGUCGCUGGCACGUGCUUUGGACAAUGAGAAGGAGCUGACCAACGGUGCCAUACAUGUGCACACCAGCGCCACCCACGGCACCACCGAGAACCGCAUACACGAUCCAGAGAUGGCCCACUAUCUGCAGGAGAACUUCUUGGGCAAGCAAGCUGAAUCUGUCCGCAAGCUCUCUGGCUAUGCCAACGAUCUGUCCAAAUUGGUCAGCGUGCGCGAGCCCGCACUUUCGGUCUAUCUGUUCGACGAGUAUCUGCAGAAGCAAUAAGCAGUUAUCUCUGUUCCGCAACUCUUAUCAAAAUUCACUCAUCUGUUAAUUUGUUAGUAUUACAAAGAUUCCAAAAGAAAACAAAACGAAAAUAAACCCCCACACGCUGCAUUAUGUAAAUUUCAA